AUGGUCAUAGGAACAAAGCCUAUGCAUCUCGUAGUUGGAGAUGUCAUCCAAUCUCUCCUUUUGCCAACGUUUGAUUCUGUGUGUGCUCAUGCGGUUAUAUAUCAUUAGACACGCAGACCCAGAAUAUGACGGUGAUACACUUACAGAACAUGGACAGUUGGAAGCACAAGCACUGGCGAAACGACUUGCCGAUGAUCCGCAGUUUGCUUUGACCAAAAUCUAUUCGUCGCCCAUGGGAAGAGCAAAAGCAACGGCUGAAUAUACAUCAAAGCUGUUGCAGAUACCCAUAGAAAUAGAGGAUUGGACCAAGGAACUUACUCACUGGAGAAGAAUUUCGGGACAUAAUAGCGGUAGACCUGGUGAAGGAGGUUUUGCUAUGUGGGACAUGGCUGGAGAAGUUGUCCGUGGUUUUGUACCGAGAGUCAACGAUGAAAGUCAGUGGGAGUUGGUUCCCGAUAUGAUGUCCGUAAAGAAAGAAUACGAAGAGUUGAUACAACAGUCAGAUCGAUUUUUGGCCCAGUUAGGGUUUGAGAGAAACGGAGGUCGAUAUCGUAUUUCGAAAAAGCAAGAUAGACAACAACAAGUGGCAGUAUUCUGUCACGGCGGAUUGGGAUUAACUUGGUUAUCUCAUCUUUUGUAUUUACCUUUAUCAUUGUUCUGGUGUGGUUUCUGGUUAGCGCCCAGUAGUGUGACCACAGUGUUAUUUGAAGAACGUACCAAAGACUAUGCAGUGCCACGUUGUAUAGGUUUAGGAGAUAUCUCCCAUUUAUAUGCAAGUGGGUUACGAAUUCCCAAUUCAUCCUAUGAAAAGGCUAAUUCGUUCUAUCCUUUUCCAAGACCUUCAGGAAUAAAGUCCAAUUUUUUCUAACCAUUUCUCAAACAACCCAAAAAAUACAAAAUUCUCGUUUUCCAUUGUGAA